AUGGGCCCGGAGCCGGAGGCCACCACACCGCCGCGGCCCGAAGCUGCCCCCCAGGAGGAGGGCACCAGGCCCGCUGCGACGACCGAGGCAUCGGCAACAGAGCCGGGCAUCGAGGUCAGGCCCUCUCCAGCCGAGCUAGCAGCAGAGGGGACCGCUGCCACGGCGGAGGCUGCAGCGCCAGAGGCAGCGGAGGUGGUGGAGGUCGCAGCACCAGAGGCAGUGGAGGUGGCUGCACCGGAGGCGACAGAGGCGGCGGCACCGGAGGCAGCAGAGACAGCGGCACCGGAGGUCGCCGAAGUUGCCAGCAGCGCCGCCCCAUUGGCAGAGGAGGAGGAACCGGAGGUGGUGCUGGGGAGGAGCCUCCUCCCAAGCACAGCGGAGCUGGAGGCCAAGCGCCUCCGACUCUCCGACUGGGAGGUCCGCCUGGGCGACCGCAUCAACUCCGUCUCCGCCCGCUACGCCGAGGAGCGCGCCAAGGUAGCGCAGGGGCACGGGCUUCUGCAGGAGGAGCUGGAGCAAGCUCGCGUCCGGGAGGCGGCGGCGCUCCAACGGGAGAUAGAGGCCAGGCGGCGGGAAACGGAAGCCCUUGAGGGGCUGAUCGCCGUGGAGGAGAUGAAGCAGGCGGUGGCAGACAGGGAUCGGGUCGCCCGGGAGCUGGCGGCCCAGGCCAGGAAGGCGUCAGCUGCGAUCGAGGCGGAGAAGUCCGCCCUCGCAGAUUUGGCGGCGGCGGCAGCAAAGAAAGAAGAAUGGCUGGCCGCCCGUGAAGCAGAGGAGGAGCGCGAGGCGGUCCUUCGAGAGAGGGAGGCCAAGGUGGAGGAGCUCCUGGCGGAGCGGGGCGCCAGCACCGAUCGGAUUACGAGAUGGGUUGGCACGGUGAACCCACUGCUCGAAUCGCUCGGGGCCAACCCCAUCUGGGUGACAGGGGCACCUUCACCCCUCAGCGCCGCGCUCCAGGUCCUGGACACCACUGCUGAGCGGCUUCGGGACGUGGAGGCCAACAUUCAGGACCUCCUGGAGACGGAAGGGCGUGAAGUUGCUCGGGAGGUGGCGGAGUACAUUGUCACCAGCUUCCGGAGCCACGACCCCGCCAUCCAGCUGACCCCUGUUCUGGUCGGACCCCUCCUGGCGACGGUGGCUGCCGCGCGGGAAAGAGUCCUGGAAGCGGCGGGCAUGGUCGCAGCUCGCCUCCGGCGCCGCCCCGAACCUGCAGAAGGUGGGAGUGCCUCCGGACCACCAGAGCAAUAG